AUGGCUUCUUGGCUUCGCCCCGAAAAGAAAGAAGAUCAAAAACCUCCGCAACUGAAAUCAAGAAUACCAGUCAGAAUGACUCGCCUAUGCAGUGAUAAUGCCAGAAGUUCCUCGUCAAGGGACAAAGCAGAUAAAACAGCGCGUCUGCAUAAAGAUUUAGAAAGCAAAGUUCAAAGCAAGCAAUCAUCGCGGAUUCCGAUUGCGGUGAAUAGGAGGAAGACCAAAGUUGAUUCUAAAGAUAAUGUACCCAUGAAUUUCAAAACUACUCGAAGAGGAAAGCCUUUCGGAGGAGAUUCAGGUAUGUUUAUUUCCCAGCAGGUAGCCAGCAUUAGUUUUUUCACUUUUUUUAGAACAGUUUCAGGCGAACGGCUGGAAUCAUCAUAUUGUCUGUGUUAUAACAUACGCUGUAGGUAAAAAAAGCAGCAAAUGAGAUAAAUUGGCGCAAACCACGUUGCACAGGGCUGAAAAUAUGUUAUUUCAAUGUUCUUUGAUUUAUAAAACUCGAUGAGUAAGACUUGUUUUUAACUUUAAAUUCCUGCUAAAUUCAUCCGUCAUCUUGUUUAUUUUAAGCCACUUAGUCCAUGCUCGUUUGCACAAACUAGUGGUAAAUUUCUGCAUAUACAGCUUCAUGACAUUUGCUAAAGAAAUGAAACGUUUGGAACUAUCUUUUCUUAGGGGGAGCUAAUUGGUAAUCUUGAUUUGAUCACAGGUAUUAAACUGCGAGAAACUCACAGUAAACAAGACAAGAAGACGGCAAGUACCAUUCCUUCAACCACAACUAAACAAAGUAGUUAUAGGCGCGCUCAGAAAACGACGCCAAUUGUCAGGCGACGUGUACCACGACAGCUUACACCAACAGAGACAGGGUCGAAACAGGUAAAUCUGGGAGGAAAAUGUCAUUUCAGUAAAUACAAAACGUGAAGUAUUUCACAGUGACAUCUGUCUCUUUUGGAGGGUCCGGAACUUACUAAUAUGAUUAACCUUUGUUUUACAUCUUCGCGAAUUAGGAAUGUUAGGUUUAUAAGGAAUAUCCAGAAAUAUAACUGCUGCAACAAAAACAACGCAUUUUGUGCUUAAAUAAUUAGGUUUGCGAGGAUGAGAAAGAAUCACGAGAAGAAAGCUCAUCAAGAGAGAUAUCAUCUGCAGCCAAGGCGGUAGAGGUCGCGCCAGAUUUUGAAUGUAAUGAUGCACUUGUGCAUGAGGAAGAGCUUCGUUUGGGGGCCAAAUCAGAUUUUAGUGGUAACGAGAUUGGCGACGACUUUAUAUGUUACUCAAAAUCUUGCGACGAGAAAGCAAUGCCCAAUGUGCCCCAAUGGCUGACAGAGGAGUACAAGUUAGUAUUCAUAUCUGCUCUUUUUUCUUCUUUUACAGUCCACGAACUUUUGUCUCUGAAUUUCAUUUCUGAGGCCAGUAGGGUAAAGAAUUCACAUCAUACAACAUGUAGCUGUGCACACUUUCUGAUAAUCAAAACUUACUCCAUUCGCUGAAGCAUCAUGGUUGUUAUAUCUAAUACAUUUCAAAGUAUAUUUGUGUAUUGGCCGCACUGCAAUAUACUUGCGAGGUCAAUUUGUCACAAUUGAUUUAAUAGAGAGCACACUCUCAGAACUUCCGGAAAUUUCAGCAAAAGAAUAUUUACUACCUAGGUAGAUAAAGCGAAUUGAGGAUUGUCUGGUUUUAUAAUUCAAGGUUUCAGUAAACAUGGAAGUGACUAGCUUCACGGCAGCAGAGUUUUCAAAGCCUAAAGGUUUUGCUAAGUUUUAAAUUUCUUAAAGAGGUGAUUUUCGAAGUUACCGAAUUUGUGAUGAGGCGUAUAAUAUAGACUUAUAAGCAAUUUGUCUGCAGAGACUUAAGUAUAGUUGACCAUUAUGAAUUAAUUUCGUGCAGGGAGAGAGAAGAAAAACAGGAAAACAUAAAACUCAUUAAAGGUGACACUACUGUUACAAGCUCGGCACAAAAUAUCAGACUGGAAACAGAGUCUGAUACAAAGAACAAGAUGGAAGAAAAUGUUUUCAGCGAAGAACAGUUGGACUGUAGCUCUUUCACUAAGUUCCAGCGGAUACGAACAGAAAAUGGCUGAGCUGAACGAAAAAUCCAGACGGCUCAAGGCACAGUUUGCGAAGGAAAACAAACAGGCGGUGGAAUCCAUGAACAAGACAAUGGAGGAGAUCAAACAGAGCCAGACAAAGGUAGAUUGCAUCGAAAAUGAGAUUGAGGAGAUGCGACGGAGACGGGAUGAAAUAAAAGAAGACUUGAAACGCCUUGAUGAGAUCGGCCAAAGACGAGAUCUCGAGGAUAAAAAAUGGAGAGAAAAAAUGGACAAGAAAAACAAGAAACUCGCAAAUGCACUGGAGAAGAUAAGAGCCAAACGACACAAAUAUCAAGAAGAGACGGGUGCUGAAAAUGACUCAACAGAGGGGCAUGAUCAACAGGAUAAGAAUUCAAGUGAAAGUCCGGAAAGUGAGAAAAGCAAAAAUGUCACCAUAGGAAACGAAACCGUUAGAAACGAAGACGUUGGAAACGAAGUGUUACGUGAGCCUCACCAGAUCAUAGAGUACAAAAGUGUAAAACAGCUGGAAAAAAAGCGGAAAGAAGUAAAGCAGUUGAAGAGACUGGAAAAGAAUGCGAUUAAAAGAGAGAAGUUAGAACAAAGACAGCUCAAGAAGAUCGAAAAACACAAACUUGAGAAACUCUCAGCUAAGAGUUUAAAGGUUUCUGAAGAAACUGCAGGAGUUGCUGAGUGUAUAAACAAGGCCAUGGAGACUACGAAUACAACGGCGAAAGAGAAAAAUGAUGAGACCCCGAAAGUAAAUAGAAUUAAACCAUACGUCGUCACCUCUUCAGAUAUUGCAGAGUCCAGGCAAGUCCAAGCACUCUACUAUUCUGGAUUAAUUACGAAUGGUACAAAGAACAAGAUGGAAGAAAAUGUUUUCAGAGAAGAAAAGUUGGACUGUAGCUCUUUCACUGAGUCCAGCGGAUACGAAUGGAAAAUGGCUGAGCUGGACGAAAAAUCCAGACGGCUCAAGGCACAGUUUGCGGAGGAAAACAGACAGGCUGUCGAAUCUACGAACAAGACAAUGCAAGAGAUCAAGCAGAGCCAGGCAAGGGAAGAUUGCAUCACAAAUGAGAUUGAGGAGAUACAAAGGAGACAGGAUGAAAUAAAAGAAAACUUGAAACACCUUGAUGAGAAAUUAGGAGAGACGUUGGCUGAGGUUGAUAGGCUUAUAUUGGGAGAUACAAACUCUAUGGUCGACGAAACAGCGGACAGCCAACAAAGUAACCCAAAAUAUAGCAAGGAGGAGGUGCCUCGACAGGAUAACUUUGACUGUUUCCCUGAUGAAGUUGAGGGAGACAUGCACACAGAGAAAAGCAGGUCUCAAGUUUCACAGAGUGCUGAGAACGAGGACAACGAGAAAAAUGUCCAUGAAUGCGACGCCUUACCGAGAUAUGAGCAAUCGGUAGCAGCAGUCGUCAACAUAACGGAAUAUUUAAUCCAACAAGAGUUGUCCAAGGCUUUGGAAACAAUAAUCCCUAUCAGUAAAAAAGAGUAUACAUCGCGAUCGGAAGAAAAGAUCUCGGAGGAAGAACCAAAGUUCCACAAAGAAAUUGUGGAAAUGGAAUUUGGGAGACUUACAAGGGAAAAUACCGAGCUUGAGAUGCAGAUUUACAUCAUAAACGAGGAACUUGAAACGUACCGAAAGAGGAUAGAAACUUUACAGGCUGAUCUGAAUGAGAGCAAAGUUGAGGUAAAGCGACUGCAGUCUAAGGAAGAAUACAAAGAAAGAGAGUUGGAAAAUUUAAAAAGUGAGUUCCAGAGAAAGGAGCAAAAGUGGGAAGAUGCAAAUGAACUCUUGGAAAAGGUUAUGGUGGAAAGAGAAGAGUUAUGGGAUCAUGUUGAUUACUUGGAGGAAAGCUUGAAAGACAGUCAAGAAAGCAAUGAAACUCUGACAUUUGAGGUCGAUGAGCUGACGAUAAUGAUACAGGAGAUGAAGAGAGAGUACAGAGUGGAGCACAGUCGCUGGGGAUGUGGACACCUACGUGAGGAAGUAGAGUUACUAAAUGGAUCUCUGGAGUUGAAUGAACAGCGAACAGUUUUAUUAGAGAGCCAAUUAGACGCGUUUGAGGCAGAAAGAAAACAGUUAUGGGGUCAUGUUGAUUUCUUGGAGGGAAGCUUAAGAAACAGUCAAGAAAGCAAUGAAGAUCUGACGUUUGAGGUUGAUGAGCUAAAGAUAAUGAUGCAGGAAUUGAAAAGGGAGAAUACGGAGCUCAGUCGCCAUGGAUGCAGACAUUUACGCGAAGAAGUAGAAUUACUAAAUGGAUCCCUGGAAUUGAGAGAACAGAGAGUAACUCUGUUGGAGAGCCAAGUGGACGCGUUUAAAGAAGAAAGCUGUAGCCUUCAAAAUGCUGCACAGAACAUGAAAAGAGAAAUAGAGAUUCAUAAGAACGAAAAUGCCACGAAGACGACGCAGUUGCAUAAGCUAGAAUGCGAAACAUCAAAGACUAUUAGUGAUCUUAAAGAUGACAUCGCAAAGUUACAACAAGAAAAGUCUGCAUUGUCAUCGGAACUAUCAAAGGAAUCAGAAAAAGAUCACCACUUGUAUGAGUUAAGAUGUGAAAAAUCGAGUGUAACAAAAACACUUGAAGAUCAUAUCACAAGGUUGAGGAGAGAGAACUGCACUUUGACUGCAAGACUAUCAAAGGCUUACGAAAAGGAUGACCAGUUGACUGAACUAAAGAAAAAGUCCAACUUUUACAGAAUCAGUUGAAAAAAAUGUAACUGAGGCGGCAACGGCGUCUGUGAACAGCAAAGAGAAAGAAAUGGAGGAAGAUUACCGCAUCAUAAAGAAGCAAGAUGAAACGAUCAAAAAUUUAAUCGAAGAGAUAACGCAGGAAAGAUGUGACAAGGACCGCCUCGAACAGCAAUCUAGAAGAAUAAGAGAACUUGAGACUCAAUUACAAAAAAUGGAAGACAUGAAAAGAAACAGAAAUCACUCAGUGGAUGCCUUGGUGCUUGAGUUGAAACAGGAAAGCUCAGAAAAAGAGCGUCUGAAA